CAACAACCGCGUUCCUUUUUUCAGACAGACGUCGAGAAUCAGUAGUUUGAACGGUUUGCACUUUCAAACGCCAUGAAUCGCAAGCCACCACCUCGGAACACAGUGGAAGACAAAGAUGACCGAAUACGAGUAUGCUACAAAGGCAAGAAGUUUGUGAUCCCCCGUUCGGAAUACACCAGAAGCCUAACGCAGGAGGAUCAUAAACGAGAUGGUUUGGUAGAUCAAAAUACGGAAAAAGCGGAUGCGUCCAUCGAAUGUGGAACAAAGUUGGAUUCAGACCUUGUUGAAACGACAACUACCACAAAUUUUCUCAACAAGUUCGUGAACGGCUUCCGUGAAACCAUGGAACCAUCAAAUACGCCGAACCAUGCCGAGAAAUCCAGCUCAGUUCAUAAUUACGCUCUGGAAGACGCCACUGAAAGCAACGCAUCGAUUGUGGAAGACGAACCCGUCCGGAUGGUUAGUUUCACGGAAUGCACCGAAACGAGGACUUCCCAGCCAGGGUCAAGCACAACGUUUGCUAUCCCAUCCUCCGGUUGUUUGAAUUCUCGAACCUCCCAAGAGUCUGUUGGGUCGCUGUCGGAACUGAAGAGCAACAUGAUCGCCCUCAUCAACCAAACCAUUGGUGAGCUGCAAUCGCGGCAGAAUGUGGUGGUGACGCAGGGAGGAAACGACGUGGGAAACGUGGUAUCGAUGCAUCCUGGCGGGGAUGGCUCGGGGGUGGUCCCGCGAAUAAGGAACGUUGAUGAAAUACGGCAAAUGAAAAGAGACAUCAAGCUACGCUUGCUGACGGAAAUCGAAGUGGUAUUGAUGCGGCUUAAGGAUAUGGAGCGGGAGUAGAAAGACUUUUUGUAUUUAUUAUGAUUUUUUUGAAUUCUGGAUUUUUUCUUAAUGUAGUAAAUUUUGAUCAGGUUGAGAACAAAUUGUGUUCUGAAACG